AUGCUCACUUGCAACUCAAGGAGCGGGGGCACAACUGGCGGGGGUAGGUUUGCUCUGGACGAGUUCUUCGAGGACUCGCACGUCGUUAAUGUUGUAGGCAAGAGCAAGAAGAAGCUGCCAAGUGUCGAUGAGAUGAUGGAGCAGAUGAGAGAAAUGAUCGCCCACGCUACCAACACGCCGAUUAAACCCUGGAAAGGCUCCUCUCGAACCUUCUCCCCCGACCUGUCGGCUUCACCUCAGCCCAGCAUGUCUGAGCACCAUGGCGAGAGGAAGGGAAGAGAGACCAUUGUAAAGCUGCCCAACUCCGUAAUCUACGGGUCCAAGGCUGGCUAUGAGUCGCUGGUGCAGUCCUUCAAACAUGCGCUGAAGACAUCGGAAAAGAAAGUCGCGGGGCUUGUGGAGGACGUCCAAGGUUAUUUCUCGGAUGCAUUUGGGGGAGGACAAGACAAGAAACAAACAUCACCGCAUCCUGCUAUCGAGCACGCGACUACACGGCAAGAGCGUUCAACGAACAGGAGGGAUCAGGGUGCGAUCCGAACUCGGACGGUUCAGACUCGUGUUCUCCCUCAGAGCUCGCUCCCACAUGAACAUAGCACAGCGAGGAAGAGCCGUCUGAAAUCUCAGCCGCCGUUAGUCAGCCAAGGUCAGGAAAGAUUUUAUCGAGAGAAAAUAAGAGAGGAUGAAGAAGAGAAGCAGAAGGAAAAGCAGAUGGAAAGGGAGAGAGUGCUAUCUGAUGACACGUUGCAGUCUGAGGAUGAGUCAGAGCGCCGCUCGUCUGUGAGAGAGGAUGCUGAAGCUUCGUUUCAAGACUCCCUCAAAAGAGAAAUGAGGAGGGAGAAGGAGGAAAUUAAAAGAGCCAAGGAGCAACGAGUGAGAGAGAUGGAAGACGUGAAGAUCAAGGAGAGAUUGUUCCAAGAGAAAUUGAAAGACGAGCAGUUUGCUGAGGAGAAAGAAAGAAAACAUUACAAGAAGCAGGAGACGCUCGCGUACGAGCUGGCCCGGCACAAGGAAGAGGUCGCAGAGUCGAUCCGAGAGACGGCGAUCCGCAAGCAGCGCGAGGAGGCAGCAGAGAGACUGCGAGAGAAGCAGGCGAGGGCAGACACGAGGAGGAAGGAGAUGAAGGAGGCAGAGGGGCGGGAGCUGAGGAUGUUCCGGCGAGAGGACGCAUACGCGAAGCAGGUUGAGAAGGAGCAGCAGAGGAGGGAGAAAGAGCGAGAGGCGAGGUUGGACGCCAGGUCGACGGAGGAGGAGGAGAAGGCACAGAAACUGUCGGAUGCGAUGGUGUCGGGUGCGAUGGAAGAGCAAGGCAAACUCAAGGUUGUGUCACGAGCGGACAACGAGGAAGGCAACGAGGGGAGGACGGACUACGAGGAGCGAGAGACGCUCGCGUACGAGCUGGCCCGGCACAAGGAAGAGGUCGCAGAGUCGAUCCGAGAGACGGCGAUCCGCAAGCAGCGCGAGGAGGCAGCAGAGAGACUGCGAGAGAAGCAGGCGAGGGCAGACACGAGGAGGAAGGAGAUGAAGGAGGCAGAGGGGCGGGAGCUGAGGAUGUUCCGGCGAGAGGACGCAUACGCGAAGCAGGUUGAGAAGGAGCAGCAGAGGAGGGAGAAAGAGCGAGAGGCGAGGUUGGACGCCAGGUCGACGGAGGAGGAGGAGAAGGCACAGAAACUGUCGGAUGCGAUGGGGAAGGAAGGAAAUGAACAAGAGGAGCAUGAGCAUGUCAAGGUGUCAGCCCUGGUGAAAGGCAGCAAGAAGCCUGCAAGCUCUUCAUCCCUCGACCCUUCACUAGGGAGUAACAGAGGAACGGAGACUCCCACCAGAGAUCUACCAAGGCUCCGAACAGCGUCAGGCGCAGCGCAGAAGAGCCUCCUCGCCAAGCUCUUGCGGGAACAGCGGAAGUUCCUCGAACAGGAAGUGGCGCAGGAUCUGUCGUCCGGCCCUCUGUCAAAGUUCAACCAGAAGCUGCGGCAGGAGGAUGCGGCAGAGGAGCUGGCGGAGGGGAAAGAGACAGAGGCCGAAAAGGAGGAGAUCGCCAAAGGAGGAACACGGCAAGGGGAGCAAGAGGCUCUGACGUUCAAGGGCCUCAAACGCUCUGCUCGAUUCCAGCUGGCCCGAUCGCUGCAGACACGCCUUAGGAAGGCGAUCACACGAGAUCUGGAGGAGGAGAACAAGGCUUUGACCCAUGGCAUCGAGCUGGGAGAGAGGAGGAGAGCGAGGGCGUCGAGCUUGGCGAGCUUCUUCUCCUCUCAGAGCAACAAACUGCUCCAAGGGCUGCAGGACGCCUUCAAGCAGAAGUUUGCGGGGCCUGAACCUGCUGGACAAGGCGCGUGA